UUAAAGGAAUACCUCAAAGCCGAGGGGAAAAAACUGCACGGGCUGCUUCACGAGAAGAAAACCGUUUCAUAAAGCGAAGCUACACAGCCUUUCGUCGGCCCAUAUACCGAGUCUUUCCAAACGGCCUCCAGAGACCGCUCGUUUUCCAACACUUGUUAAGAACAGGAUGCGAUUCGCAGUGGGACACAGUGGGUUAAUUCACCUUACUUUGAUGUCCCAGAAAGUGAUAUUGCUCGGGCUCUGGCCUCUGCUGAUCCCACCAAGGACUUUUCUUCCGAAAAAAAAACCUUCUAAAGUUACCCUAAUGGGACAAUGCGGAGUCGCAGCAAUUCCGGAGUCCGCCUGGAUUCGUACGCACGUCUCGUGCAGCAGACUAUAUUAUGUCAUCAGAACCCGGUGACAGGACUGCUCCCGGCGAGCGAGCACAAGAAGGACGCCUGGGUGCGGGACAAUGUCUACAGUGUCCUGGCCGUGUGGGGCCUGGGAAUGGCCUACCGCAAGAACGCGGACCGCGACGAGGACAAGGCCAAGGCCUACGAGCUGGAGCAGAGUGUUGUCAAACUGAUGCAAGGGCUGCUGCAGAGCAUGAUGAGACAGGUUGCCAAGGUGGAGAAGUUCAAACACACCCAGAGCACCAAGGACUGCCUGCACGCCAAGUACCACACCCCUACCGGGGCCACUGUGGUUGGGGACGACCAGUGGGGACACCUCCAGGUGGAUGCCACCUCACUCUACCUGCUUUUCCUGGCUCAGAUGACUGCUUCAGGUCUCCAGAUCAUUUCUAAUUUGGAUGAAGUGGCGUUCAUCCAGAACCUGGUCUUCUACAUCGAGGCUGCGUAUAAAGUCGCUGACUACGGAAUGUGGGAAAGAGGUGACAAAACGAAUCAGGGGAUACCUGAGCUCAACGGGAGCUCCGUGGGAAUGGCCAAGGCUGCGCUGGAGUCCAUCGAUGAGCUCAACCUGUUUGGGGCUCAUGGGGGACCGAAGUCCGUCAUCCACGUCCUGCCUGACGAGGUGGAGCAUUGUCAGUCAAUCCUGUGCUCCAUGCUGCCCAGAGCAUCCAAUUCUAAGGAGAUUGAUGCCGGUCUCCUGUCAGUGAUCUCUUUCCCCGCCUUCGCUGUGGAGGAUGCUGACCUGGUCAACGUCACCAAGAGCGAAAUCAUCACCAAGUUACAGGGCCGUUACGGCUGCUGUCGGUUCAUUAGGGAUGGAUACAAAACUCCCAAAGAGGACCCCAAUCGCCUGCACUAUGAUCCUGCUGAGCUCAAGCUGUUUGAGAACAUCGAGUGCGAGUGGCCUGUGUUUUGGACAUACCUCAUCUUAGAUGGAAUUUUCAAUGGAGACCAAGUUCAGGUAGAGGAAUACCGAGAGGCUCUGGAUGGGAUCCUGAUCCGGGUAAAGAAUGGCAUUCGACUGCUGCCCGAGCUCUACGCUGUUCCGGCAGACAAGAUGGAAGAGGAGUACCAGAACCCCCACACCGUGGACAGGGUGGCCCUGGGCCAGCUGCCUCACAUGUGGGGGCAGUCCCUCUACAUCCUGGGCAGUCUUCUGGCGGAGGGGUUCCUGGCCCCUGGAGAGAUUGACCCCCUCAACAGAAGAAUGUCUACAUGCUCUAGACCUGAUGUAGUUGUGCAAGUGUGUGUUGUGGCAGAGUCAGAGGAGAUUCAGGAGCUGUUGAGGGAGAACGGCGUGGAUGUGAAAACUGUAUCGGAAGUCCUGCCCAUUCGAGUAAUGCCUGCACGGAUCCUGAGUCACAUCUACGUCAAACUGGGAUACAGCAGGAAGCUGAAUUUGAGCGGCCGGCCAUACAGACACAUCGGAGUCCUGGGAACUUCAAAGUUUUACCAGAUCAGAAAUCAUACCUAUACCUUCACCCCACAGUUUAUUGACCAGCACCACUUCUACCUGGCUCUGGACAACCAGAUGAUUGUGGAAAUGCUGAGGACAGAGCUGGCCUAUCUGAGCUCCUGCUGGAGGAUGACAGGACGCCCCGUCAUUACCUUCCCCAUCACCCACAGCAUGCUGGUGGAAGACGGGGAUGGCAUCGAGCCGUGCAUACUGUCCACCCUGAGGAAACUGCAGGAUGGAUAUUUUGGAGGAGCCAGGGUCCAGCUGGCUCCACUCUCCAGCUUCCUCACCACCUCCUUUCACACGCAGCUCAGCUUCCUGGAUACAGACUCUGAAGAAUCUCUGCCGGAGGAGGAGGAUGAGUGUGAGUCUGAUGAUGAAGAUUACGAGGAAGGGUGUUACUCCCUCUCAGGUGGCUCGAAGGAUCCCUUUGACCAGUACCUCACCCAGCUUGUUCAGAGCACAGCCGGCAGAAGCAGUCUCCCUCCCAUCCAGAGUGGGCAGCACCACGUGUUCAGCGCAGAGCACACCACCCGGGACAUCCUGUCCCUCAUGGCGCAGGUCCAAGGAGUCAGCUUGCCUAAGUCAUCCAUGUAUUUACCCGUGACUCCCGUCGUAAACAAACACCGCAAAUCUCUUAAUCUGCUGGAGGUUCCCCAGCCCCACCACCAUCGGACCCCACACACCAAGUCCGCUGCCGCUGACCUGCAGCUUCCGCGGGAUGCUCAGGGGAACACGGACUUCCAGCUGCUGGUGAGACAGCUGAAGGAGUGCCCCACCCUGCAGGACCAGGCCGACAUCCUCUACAUCCUCUACAUCAUGAAGGGGGCUGACUGGCAGGUGGACCUGUGCGGUCAGGGCGAGGUCACCGUGCGCUCCCUCCUGGAGGAGCUCUACGUCCGGGCCGGGAAGAACAGAGAGUGGGGGCUCAUCCGCUACAUCUCCGGCGUCCUGCACAAGCGGGUGGAGGUUCUGGCUGAGGCCUGUACGGACCUCAUCUCUCACCACAAGCAGUUAACUGUUGGACUACCACCAGAACCCAGGGAAAAAGUCAUCACUGCCCCUUUACCUCCAGAAGAGCUCAGCAACCUGAUCUACGAGGCCAGUGGGCAGGACAUCAGCAUUGCUGUUCUCACUCAGGAGAUCAUGCUGUAUCUGGCCAUGUACGUGCGCUCCCAGCCCUCGCUGUUCGGGGACAUGCUGCGCCUGAGGAUCGGCCUCAUCAUGCAGGUGAUGGCCACCGAGCUGGCCCGGAGCCUGCACUGCUCCGGAGAAGAGGCUUCCGAGAGCUUGAUGAGUCUCAGCCCGUCGUCCAUGAAGAGUCUGCUGCACCACAUCUUGAGUGGGAAGGAGUUUGGAGUGGAGCGGAGUGUGCGGCCCAGCGAGUCCAGCACCAUCAGCCCAGGCAUCUCCAUCCAAGAGCUGGGUCACACUGGGGCCACCAAGACAGAGCGCACUGGAAUCCGCCAACUCAAGAGCGAGAUGAAGCAGCUCGAUGAGUCCAGGCCCAUCAGUAUUUUUGUCAGUGGGCUUUCCUCCAGUAGCACCGCCCUCUCUCCCCGCUCCACGAGGUGCAGCAGUCCCUCCACCCCCAGCGGGACGCUGUCUCCCACGGGCCCGGCACCCUCCACCCUGCUCUGGGAGGAGCGCCAGGGGCAGUGGCUCCGUCGGAGACGCCUGGACGGGGCAAUUAACAGGGUGCCCAUGGGCUUCUACCAGAAGGUGUGGAAGAUCCUGCAGAAGUGCCACGGCCUGUCCAUCGCCGGCUACGUGCUCCCGUCCUCCACCACCCGCGAGAUGACGGAGGGCGAGUUCAAGUUUGCCGUCCACGUGGAGUCUGUUCUGAACCACGUCCCUCAGCCAGAAUACCGGCAGCUGCUGGUGGAAGCCAUCAUGGUCCUGACGGUGGUGGCCGAAAUGGACGUCAGCAGCAUUGGAGGGAUCUUGCAUGUGGACCGCAUCGUUCACAUGGCCAAUGACCUCUUCCGACAGGACCAGAAGGCCCAGGGGGCCCACGAGUUCUUCCUGGAGCAGGACUCGGCCACGGGCAUCUGCAUCUUCUUCUACGACAGCGCCCCCAGUGGAAGCUAUGGCACCAUGACGUACCUCUCCAAAGCUGCGCUGACCUAUGUGCAGGACUUUUUACCCAGCACAGGCUGCCUAACGCAGUGAAAUACCCCAUGCCACUGCUCCUGGCCCACCCAAAGGCUGUGCCUAGCACAGGCUAACAGCUGUGAAAUACCCUGUGUCCAGCACAGGUUGUCCAACACAGUGAAAUACCCUGCAUCACUGCUGCUGGCCCACCCUGAGGCUGUGCCCAGCACAGGUUGUCUAACACAGUGAAAUACCCUGUGCCCAGCACAGGUUGUCUAACACAGUGAAAUACCCUGUGCCACUGCUCCUGACCCACCCUGAGGCUGUGCCUAGCACAGGCUGUCUAACACAGUGAAAUACCCCGUGCCACUGCUCCUGGCCUGAGGCUGUGAUGUUCAUCCCAUCUUUCUGAUAAUAAACUCUGGGCUGGUUUCUCAAACCUGGAUUAAACAUAGUCCUAGACUAAAAACUUAUUUCAAUGGAGAUCUUCACUGAAUUUUUAUUUUAUUUUAAGACUCGAUUUAAUCCAUGUGUGGAGAAACAGCCCAUCAAGUUUCACAGGGUGGUCAUUCUAUUUGAAUAAGUAAUCAUUAGAUUAUCUUUCCAGGUUUCUGUAAGUAAUUAGGACCACUGCUCUAUACAAACCACCAAGGCUGUACGCUCUGGGCGACACAGCUAUAAAAGCUCAAAUAAGUACAAGGUCAAAUAAGGCCAAUUCAACUGUGUCUCGGUACGAUAUCAAAUUCGAAAAUUUCUGUGGAAGGCUUUGGAUGCAUGUGUUCAGACUCAGCAAAAAGAAUAUGGGAUUUGAUCUGAGGUUUUUAAACGUUUUAAGGGAUGAAUGAUGUGUGUUGCAGUGGUUAAUGAUGUCUGUUGCAGGGAUGAAUGAUGUCUGUCGCAUAAGCUAUUUCAGGUUCAGUUCUGUCAGGAGAACAUUGAGCAGAGUUGGAAAUUACGGAUAUAGUCUGCUCUGAUUUUAGGGUGCAUUUGUUCAUGGAAUAGUUUGCUAGGUUAUGUAAUAUAAGUAGGAAACCUUGGGGUUAAUUCAGUUCUGGAUUCUCCAUGAGACUUGGAAGCAAUUGGCUUAAAUGGGCUGAAUAGCCUGUUCUCAGCUUGAAACAUUAUUGUGUACAGACCAUCACUGCUUCACACAAAGAACAGCUGUAUACAGACUACCGCUUUGCACAAACCAGUCAUUCAUUAUUAAAUGCAUAUUAUAGUAUGAACUGUACACUUCUAUUAGCAGUAGAGACUGGGAAUCACCAGUUAGGCAAUGAAGAAUGUAAUCACAUCCAAUACUGACCAAUUACCCUUUACCCCUAGCAAAUUAAAAGUUGCAAGGCUGCCUUUUGUUAGAUGUGAAUGCAUGGCCUAUACUGUGAUAAGGGUGCUAGCUACUGUAAUUAUGUUCGUGUCAAUCGUGUGAUUGCAUCCGCAUGGAAGUUAUUUAAAAUAUUGUAAAUUACAUUUGGAACUGAUUAUUGCAUUUUAUUGGUGUUUUAUGUGUAUUUAUAGAAAGUGUAUUCUCUGUUGUGUGAAUUUCAUUUUAUAGAGUGAAAUUGAACAUAAUUGCAAGUGUGUGUUGUUCAUAUUUUGUUCACUAGAGGGCAAAUUGUAAAGUUUUUGUCUAUAAUAUGCUGUAUGUUUGAAGUGCGUAAGUUGAUCAGCUCUCUCUGUGGUCCCAUUGACUAUGGAUUGUAAUAUUUUACCUUUAUGUGGUUGUCCAUUUAUUGAGUCAAAUCUAAUAUUAUUAAUAAGUUAUCAAUGCAA